UUAGGUGUGUUGUCGCCCUAUCAGUCCCCUCCAUACCCAGCACCAGCUCAAAGCCCGGCAAACAGCAGGGGCGCAGCCAACGUUUGCUAAAUGACUAAUGAACUGAGCGCGCAGCCCAGGCCUGGGCGGGUUAGGAAGAGGUGCCCGGGCUUCUGCAGGACACUGUCCAAACUGGCAGCUGACUGCUGCCGCAGGGCGGCACCUCCUUCCGUCUUCCGAGAUCUCCAUUCCCCGAGGGACCCCUCCUCCCGGAGAUCCCACUUGCUCACCUCGGACCCUUCACCAGCACCCGUGGAAGCCCCUCCCUGCUCUUCCUCCGCACCCACGGGAGCCUUCCCACUUCUCUAGGUUCUUCAACCCCGUCGGACUCCUGAACCUCUUCCUCUGCUUACACGCCCCCCACAUCCCCCUCUGGAUCUCCUUGCGCCACCCCUCCCGGGUCAUCAGUCCCAUGAGACUCCCUCCUUCAGCCCCUGCGCGGUCCCCCAGGUUCUCUCAUUCACCCCCUUCCGGAAGGAGUCUCGACUCUGGCCUGCUGAGUGACCCUCCCCGCCACCCUCCGCGCAGGCGCAGGGUGUCCCGGGAGCCCCCACCUCCGCCUCCCCACCCCCACGGCCGAAGGCUGGGCGCAGGCUGGUCCUAGGCGGCCGCGGCUCCAUGGGGCUCCUGGGGCUGCUGAGCCUGCUGCACUCAGCCUUUUUCGGGGACCAGACGCUGCAGGAGCUGAAGAUGACGAGCUCUGUGGCACCUUAUGAGCAGCUGGUGCGGCAGGUGGAGGCCUUGAAGGCUGAGAACAGUCACCUGAGGCAGGAACUUCGCGACAACUCAAGUCACCUGUCCAAGCUGGAGACAGAGACAUCCGGCAUGAAGGAGGUCCUGAAGCACUUACAGGGAAAGCUGGAACAGGAGGCCCGAGUGCUGGUGUCCUCGGGGAAGACUGAGGUGCUGGAGCAGCUGAAAGCCCUGCAGAUGGACAUCACCAGCCUGUAUAACCUGAAGUUCCAGCCCCCGGCCCUGGGCCCUGAACCCUCUGCGCGGACCCCUGAGGGAAGCCCAGUACAUGGCUCCGGGCCCUCCAAGGACAGCUUUGGGGAGUUGAGCCGGGCCACCAUCCGGCUGCUGGAGGAACUGGACAGGGAACGGUGUUUCCUGUUGAAUGAGAUUGAGAAAGAGGAAAAGGAGAAGCUCUGGUACUACUCGCAGCUGCAGGGCCUGUCCAAGCGCCUGGACGAGCUCCCACACGUGGAGACACAGUUCUCCAUGCAGAUGGACCUAAUCCGGCAGCAGCUGGAGUUCGAGGCCCAGCACAUUCGUUCGCUGAUGGAGGAGCGCUUCGGGACCUCGGACGAGAUGGUGCAGCGGGCGCAGAUCCGCGCUUCACGCCUGGAGCAGAUAGACAAGGAACUACUGUCAGCGCAGGACCGGGUGCAGCAGACAGAGCCCCAGGCCCUGCUGUCAGUGAAGUCGGUGCCUGUGGAUGAGGACCCCGACACUGAGGUCCCCACACACCCUGAGGAUGGUGCCCCUCAGCUGGGCAACAGCAAGGUGGAGGUAGUCUUCUGGCUGCUGUCCAUGCUGGCGACGCGUGACCAGGAGGACACGGCCCGCACGCUUCUCGCUAUGUCCAGCUCUCCCGAGAGCUGUGUGGCCAUGCGCCGCUCAGGCUGCCUGCCGCUGCUGCUGCAGAUCCUGCACGGCACAGAGGCUGGGGCUGGGGGUCGCAACGGGACCCCUGGGGCGCCAGGAGCCAAGGACGCACGCAUGCGCGCCAAUGCGGCACUGCACAACAUCGUCUUCUCCCAGCCAGACCAGGGCCUGGCGCGCAAGGAGAUGCGUGUCCUGCAUGUGCUGGAGCAGAUCCGCGCCUACUGCGAGACCUCCUGGGAUUGGCUACAGGCCCGGGAUGGCGGGCCGGAGGGAGGUGGCGCUGGUGGCGCCCCGGUCCCCAUCGAGCCACAGAUCUGCCAGGCUACCUGUGCAGUGAUGAAGCUGUCUUUUGAUGAGGAAUACCGCCGUGCUAUGAAUGAGCUGGGUGGGCUGCAGGCCGUGGCAGAGUUACUGCAGGUCGACUACGAGAUGCACAAGAUGACCCGGGACCCACUCAACCUUGCACUGCGCAGAUAUGCUGGCAUGACCCUCACCAAUCUCACCUUUGGGGAUGUCGCUAACAAGGCCACACUGUGUGCCCAGCGGGGCUGCAUGGAGGCCAUUGUGGCCCAGCUGGCUUCCGAGAGCGAGGAGCUACACCAGGUGGUAUCCAGUAUCCUGCGCAACCUGUCCUGGCGGGCUGACAUCAACAGCAAGAAGGUGCUGAGAGAGGUUGGCAGCAUGACCGCCCUGAUGAAGUGCGUCCUACGAGCCUCCAAGGAGUCCACCCUGAAGAGCGUGCUCAGUGCCCUGUGGAACCUCUCAGCACACAGCACAGAGAACAAGGCGGCCAUCUGCCAGGUGGAUGGCGCCCUGGGCUUCCUGGUGAGCACGCUGACCUACAAGUGCCAGAGCAAUUCGCUGGCCAUCAUCGAGAGCGGUGGCGGCAUUCUGCGCAAUGUGUCCAGCCUCAUUGCCACCCGCGAGGACUACAGGCAGGUGCUGCGGGACCACAACUGUCUGCAGACGCUGCUGCAGCACCUGACGUCGCACAGUCUGACCAUUGUGAGCAACGCCUGUGGCACGCUCUGGAACCUGUCCGCCCGCAGCCCACGGGACCAGGAGCUGCUGUGGGACCUGGGCGCUGUGGCCAUGCUGCGCAACCUGGUGCACUCCAAGCACAAGAUGAUCGCCAUGGGCAGUGCUGCUGCCCUGCGCAACCUGCUGGCCCACCGGCCUGCCAAGUAUCAGGCAACAGCCACCGCCGUCUCCCCUGGCGCCUGUGCACCCAGCCUGUAUGUGCGCAAGCAGCGGGCGCUGGAGGCCGAGCUGGACGCACGGCACCUAGCCCAGGCACUCGACCAACUGGAGAAGCAGGGCCUAGCCGAGGCCGAGGCCGAGGCCACCUCCAAGAAGCCACUGCCGCCCCUGCGGCACCUGGACGGGCUGGCCCAGGACUAUGCCUCAGACUCAGGCUGCUUCGAUGACGACGAUGCGCCCUCCCUGGCUGCCGUGGCCGCCACCGUCGAGCCUGCCAGCCCUGCUGUGCUGUCCCUCUUCCUGGGCAGCCCUUUCCUGCAGGGGCAGGCGCUGGCCCGUGCCCCACCCACCCGCCGAGGUGGCCUGGAGGUAGAAAAGGAGGCCAGCGGGGAGACAGCUGUGGCAGCCAGGGCCAAGGCCAAGCUGGCACUGGCAGUGGCGCGGAUCGACCAGCUGGUGGAGGACAUCUCGGCCCUGCACACCUCAUCCGAUGACAGCUUCAGCCUCAGCUCUGGGGACCCCGGGCAGGAGGCACCAAGGGAGGGCCGCGCCCAGUCCUGCUCACCUUGCCGGGGGCCUGAGGGUGGGCGGAGGGAGGCUGGUGGCCAAGCUCAUCCGCUGCUGAGGCUCAAGGCGGCCCAUGCCAGCCUCUCCAAUGACAGCCUCAACAGCGGCAGCGCCAGCGACGGGCACUGUCCUCGUGAGCACACGCAGCCCUGCCCACUGGCUGCUCUGGUUGAGCACUGUGAGGGACCCCCAUGUAGCCAGGCACGCCCCAGCCGGCUUGACCUCAACCUGCCGGGUGGCCGGGCUGAGCCAGCAGCCCGGCACGCCACGGCCACUGACACCCGAGUGCGCACCAUCAAGCUGUCGCCCACCUACCAGCAUGUGCCACUGCUUGAGGGCAUGGCCAGGGUGGGUGGGGCGCCCCUGGCCUCUGGGGCUCGGAAGCAGGCUUGGCUGCCCACAGAGGGCCAGAGCAAAGUGCCAGAGAAGCUGGUGGCUGAGGCGGCACCACUCUGCUUGUCCCGUUGCAGCUCCCUGUCCUCGCUGUCCUCAGCCGGACACCCUGGCCCCAGCGAGGCGGGGGACCUGGACGACAGUGACUCGUCCCUGGAGGAACUGGAGGAGGCAGGCACCAGCGAUGUGGAACUGGACGGGGCCUGGCACGGGCCAGGGGCUACCUCCCUACCCAUGGCCAUCCCAGCAUCCCCGCAGGGCCGGGGCUUGGGGGUGGGGGAUGCCACGCCAUCUAGCUCCUCGGAGAACUGCGUGCAGGAGACACCCCUGGUGCUGAGCCGCUGUAGCUCUGUGAGCUCGCUGGGCAGCUUUGAGAGCCCGUCCAUCGCCAGCUCCAUCCCCAGUGACCCAUGCAGUGGGCUGGGCAGCGGCACAGUCAGCCCCAGCGAGCUGCCUGACAGCCCCGGGCAGACCAUGCCGCCAAGCCGCAGUAAGACGCCACCACUGGUCCCUGUGCCACCUGGCGAGCGUGACACCACCCAGUUCAGCCUGCAAUGGGAGAGUUACGUGAAGCGCUUCCUGGACAUCGCCGACUGCCGGGAGCGCUGCCGGCUACCUUCCGAGCUGGACGCUGGCAGUGUGCGCUUCACUGUGGAGAAGCCAGACGAGAACUUCUCCUGCGCCUCCAGCCUCAGCGCACUGGCCCUGCAUGAGCACUACGUGCAGAAGGACGUGGAGCUGCGGCUGCUGCCUCCUGCCUGCCCUGAGCUCAGCGGUGGCAGCGGCCACAGCCUGCACUUCGCUGGGCACCGCCGGCGGGAUGAGGCCAGUGGCCGCUGGGAGGGGCCACCUGCUGCUGACCAGGAGCUGGAGCUGCUGCGGGAGUGUCUGGGCGCAGCUGUGCCCGCCCGGCUCCGCAAGGUGGCCUCAGCACGAGUGCCCAGCCGCCACGCACUGCCCGUACCUGUCUACAUGCUGGUGCCCACUCCAGCCCAGGAGGAUGACUCGUGCACUGAUUCGGCCGAGGGCACACCAGUCAACUUCUCCAGUGCGGCCUCGCUCAGUGACGAGACGCUGCAGGGACCUCCUAGGGACCCACCUGGUGGGCAUGCAGAUGGGCAGAAGCCUGCAGGCCGUGUGGCCCCUGCCAGGCAGGCCACUGGGCACAGGCACAGGCAUGAGGGUGUGGGUCAGAGCACAGAGCUGGCCUGGGGGUCAGGCAGGAGCCGGGCAGGGCUGGAGCUGCCCCUCCGCAGGACCCCGAGUGCUGGAGCGGACAGGGACGGUCCCCGCACAGGCCAGAUGCGCCAGAUGCGCGGGGAAGGGGCGCUGCAGUCCCUGUGCCUCACGACGCCCACCGAAGAGGCCGUAUACUGCUUCUGCGGUGACGACUCAGACGAGGAGCCAGCUGGGGCAGCAGUGCUGACACCUUCCCGGCGGGCCUCUGCUAUCCCCCGGGCAGUUAGAAAGGAGUGCCCGACUGGCAGGAAGGAGUCACAGGGCACACCAAACGCCACACCACCUGCCCAGGCCCAGCCCAGCCUCAUCGCUGAUGAGACGCCGCCAUGCUACUCCCUGAGCUCCUCUGCCAGUUCCCUCAGUGAGCCUGAGCCCGUGGUCACCAAGGCCCCAGGCCCCAGAGGCGGGCAUGAUGGCUCACCCAGCCCGCGGGCCCAGGCAGACCUGUUGCGGCGCUGCCUAGGCUCAGCUAUACCCAGGCACCGGCUCCAGGCUUCAGGCCCACGGCGUCGCAAGCCCCGAGCUGCCCGGCCAGGUGAGCGGCCAGCACAGGGGCCCCGGGAGCCUGGUGAGGAGGCAGUGGGGUCAGACCAUGCCUCAGACCUGGACAGCGUCGAGUGGCGUGCCAUCCAGGAAGGCGCAAACUCCAUUGUCACCUGGCUUCACCAGGCGGCAGCGGCGGCAGCCACCUGUGAGGCCUCAUCCGAGUCUGACUCCAUCCUGUCCUUUGUGUCGGGGCUGUCGGUGGGCUCCACCCUGCAGCCCUCCCUGCACAGGAAAGGGCAGCAGCCCCAGUUGGAGGGCCAGGCAGGCAGUGCCACAAAGCUAGAGAAACAGGCGAACCUGGCCCAGCACAGCGGCGGCCCCCGCUUGUCCUGCAGCCCUGGGAAACUGCGUGGUGCUCAGAAGACUGCGUCUGGGGUGCCGGCCGUGCUCCGAGGAAGGACGGUAAUUUACAUGCCAAGCCCAGCCAGGCGGGCCCAGCCCAGAGGUGGUCCCGGCCCCCACACUGCACCCAGGAAGAUGGGACCCCCAAGCCCCGAGCAGCUAGCAGCCCCCAUCAGAGCCCCUGGCCCCGGGCAGCAAAGGUCUCGAAGCCUGCACCGGCCCAGCAAGAUCUCAGAGCUAACUGCCCUGAGUUCCCCCCAGAGGAGUGCCACACCACCUGCUCGCCUCACCAAGACCCCCUCAUCCAGCUCCUCCCAGACCUCCCUCACCUCCCAGACCCUGCCCAGGAGGUCGCCCCUGGCAGCCCAGGCUGCGGGGCCCCUGCCCGGCCCUGGGGCCUCACCGGUGCCCAAGACGCCCACGCGGGCCCUACUGGCCAGGCAGCACAAGACACAGAAGUCACCUGUGCGGAUCCCCUUCAUGCAGAAGCCGGCAGGGAGGGUGCCACCACCCUUGGCCAGGGCAACCCCACAGCCAGGCACCAGGGGCCGGGCAGGGGCCGAGGGGAGCCUGGGUGCCCGGGGGGGCCGCCUGGGCCUGGUACGCACAGCUUCAGCCCGUUCCAGCGGCAGCGAGUCCUCUGAGCGCUCGGGCUUUCGGCGCCAGCUGACCUUCAUCAAGGAGUCGCCUGGCUUGCUGCGCACACGCCGGUCGGAACUGUCCACGGCCCAGGCCACCUCCACCUCCCAGGGCGGCUCACCCUGCAGCAGCCGGUCUGCCCUGCCCACUGUCUUUCUCUGCUCCUCCCGCUGUGAUGAACUGCGUGUGGUACCCCGGCCCUCCCCGUCCCAGCCGUCCCUGUCCCCCCGUCAGACCCCAACGGCCCGGCCGGCCCCCAGCCAGCGGCCACCACGGCGCACUAGUUCCGAGAGCCCAUCCCGCCUGCCCGUUCGCAUGCAGGCUGCCCGGCCUGAGACAGUCAAGCGCUACGCCUCUCUGCCCCACAUCAGUGUGGCCCGCAGGCCUGAAGGUGCCGCCCAAGGGCACGUGGCCGAUGCUGCCCGCCGCAGCAGCGAUGGGGAGGCCCAGCCCCUGCCCAGGGUGGCUGCACCAGGCACCACAUGGCGUCGUAUCCGGGACGAGGAUGUGCCACACAUCCUGCGGAGCACGCUGCCCGCCACCGCCCUGCCGCUAGUGGGCACCUCACCCGAGGAGAGCCAAGGCGGACCCCCACAGCGCCAAACCAGUGAUGCUGUGGUCCAGACAGAGGACUUUGCUGCCACCAAGACCAACUCCAGCACGUCUCCCAGCCUGGAGAGCAGGCCACUCCCCCAGGCCCCAGCCAGCGGCCCAGCAUCCCUCCUUGGCAGCGACGUGGAUGGGCCAGGCCCUGCCAAGUCGCCUGCCCCCACCCCCUUCGUCCAUGAGAGCCUGGGGGUAGCUGUCGGGGGCUUCCCCGCCAGCCGGCACGGCUCCCCCAGCCGUUCUGCCCGAGUCCCACCCUUCAACUACGUGCCCAGCCCCAUGGUGGCAUCCACCGACUCAGCUGUGCAGAAAGCCCCUGCCCCUGCUGACCUUCUGGAAUAGUGUCCUGAACCAGUCUUCCGGGACACUGUCUCUGGUGGAGGGCCACCAGGUUGCCCCAGGGUGGUCUGGGACCUACCUGCCUACCUGGGGCCCUACCCACGGAGCCCCAUCCCAGCCCGAGUGGCCUCACAUCUCACGCUUGCUUCUGUGCCGCAGGGCCUCAGGGAGGAAAGGGGCCUCGGGCUGGACUUCAAGUCCAUGCUUGGCCCACAUAGAGAAACCACCCUCCCAGACCGCAGCCCCGUUGGGCCCGGGGCCUCAGCAGGAGUGGGAGCCAGGGAAGGUAACCACGCCUUCCCGAGGUGGCAGACGGGCUGCGGAGCAUGGCGCCAUCUAGUGCCCGCCAGCUGGGCCCACGGCAGCAUCCACGGCCCGGGGACAAAGCCUGUAAUGAUGGCAGCCGCCGGGCAUUUGUUAAUGAGGACUCUGCAGGUUUGUUUGUAUUCUCAGCCCCAGCAGCGACGUGUGGCUGAGCCCUGCAGAGACGGCAUCCCCUCCUCACCUGACAGUGACAUUCAGGGAGCCUCGGGCUGGUGGACAGAGGGGGUGUUGUCAGAACUGCCUAGAAGGAGCAGAGGAGGGCGAAGGCAGGCUGGCCUGGGUGAUGCGGGUCCAACCAUGUGCCCUCUCCUGGCUGAAGGGGUGCUGGUUGCCAGCAGAGGAGGAAGGGGAAAAGGGGACCAGGGAGGGGGGUGGAGUCAGGACCAGCUGUGGUGGGACAGAUGCUGUGGGAAGGAGGAUGAGAGUCACAGUGGCAUCGAUUCAGUUUGGCGACAACGAAGCCCUGGAUGUACCAGACGGCACAACUGCAGGGACUGGGGUGGAGCUGGCUUCGGGCCUCUGGAGGAGAUACAGGGCCUAGAGCCCUAGGACCACGGCCUAGCCAGCCAAGCUGCUAGUGUUGAUGUCAGAGCAGGUGGAGAGACGGAGGGCAAAGGGAGCCUGGGAGGCCUCACGUCCUCCCCUCACUCCUGCCAGUGUGGGCCUGGGAGGCUGCUGGGGUCCCUGCUCAGGGACCUCGAGGAAGCGCGCCUUCCUGCAGAAAGAGCCAGUGACCUUUUUCCUGCUCUGGGAAGGAGCUGCUAUUACAACUGCCCUGCAGAGAGCUGCUCCAAGGAGCCGGGGAGCAGAUGCUGUUUGGGGAGACUAACGACCCAAUGAGAACUCCAUGACUUUAAGUCUCUUCUCUGAGAGGAGGGGAAGCGGGGUUGAAAGUCAGGUGGAAGUACAGGAGUCCCAUCCCCACCCACGGAAGGAGCUGACCCGGGAGCAGAAGUGUUUCCUACAGCGGGACCACCCUCAACUCCAGGGCCUGUGGGCCAUGCUGACCCUACCACCCACAGACACCGCGGCGGUGCUGCAAACACAUCUGUGUCACAUUGCAUUACAAAUCCCGGAAUGUCCUGUCCUGAAGCAUAGAUGCCACAGGGAGGACAGAAAUGGCUGGGUGCACUGAAUGCUCCUCCUGUGACCAAACUUCCCACGACAAGCCGGCACGCAGCAGAUGGUGGCGAUGACAGGCAGGGCAUUGCACACGCCCACAGCUGACCCCUCGGAACACACAGGGGGGUCUCAGAUGUCUCAGAGACCACGGGUCCCUGCCGUCAUCUGUAGCCUGAAGGGACGGGAUUGAGUGGUCUCAACUUUUUGGAUGCAGGCGCUAUCAGACGUCCACUCUCACGCUCGCCCCCGGCCAGCCUCCCCCCGAGGUGACCUGGCAGAAGAGGAAGCGGCACAGACCCACCCCAGCUCACCCAGCCAUAGGGGAUCUGGGCUGGUGGGACCUGGGGUGGGCACACCCAUGCACUGUGAGAUCCUGGGUGGUGCUCUCAACGCCCUGUGCCUCAGUUUCCCCAUGUAGGCCAUGGGGAGAACUCCCAGAGCUACCUCUCCAGCAAACACAGUGUCUGCCGUGACUGGGGGAUAAGGCCACUCCCUCUGCCAGCCCCUUGUCCGGCCCAGCCUGAGAAGAGGGCAGUUCCCACCUCAGCCAGCGUGCAGGGAGCUCAUGCCCCGUCUACGUCCGGUGGCCACUUUUGCCUUCGCUGUCCUUCUGUGGUGGGAGCAUAGCCACACCUUACAACCUGGCCGGACAGGAUGGUGGGGGCCCUGAGCCCUGAGGCGCAGUGGUUUUCUAGACAACUGGUUUCAGACCAGAGCUGGAGGAGGAAAGUCUUAGGACCCAAAGGAUGUCUCCCAUGAAGGCUUUAUCCCCUUGGGGCUGCUCGGCCACCUGGCCACGCUGAGGAGACCCUAUCUGCCUUGGAGCAUCCCCUACCCGUAACCUCGGGACCCCACCACCAGCUGGGUGCUGAAUUCGGGGCAAUGCACCCACAGUGCAGCAUUACCUCACCCCUUCUGCCCCCGUCUGUCACCUAGCCCAAGCUUGGUUGUCUUGGUCCGUGCCCCUCCAUCCCCCUACGUCUCUGCUACAUCUCUGCCCUGGGUCCCUGCAGUGUUACAGAACACGUGUAAAUACGUACAGCCCUGUCUCCCCUCACUCAACCUAAAGCCAUCGUCUGGCGAAAGGAAGGCGCGGAACCAGGCAUCUUAUGCGCACCUUUAAUAAAUGGAGCUGUUGAAUCACGUUCCAUGCAGUUGUUUCCAAAUGGGUGAGGAUUUGGGGCGGGAGGACUUUGGGGGUUUUCCAGCCAGGUCGCCCGCCCAGGGAGGCAGAGCCAGACUGUAGGAUUUGUGCAGGGAAAGCACUCAGGAUGGGCGAGAGUGCAGGGAAAGGUAGCCGAAGUAUCUCCACCUGAUCCUGGGUGCACUCUGGAGGGUGCACAGAAGAUCAUCUUCGAGACAUAAGCAGGCGGGCCGAAGGUCCCUGGACAGGGAGCCUCACUGUCCACUGCCCUAACUGCCGACAUUUUCUGAAUGCCCAUGCCCCCACGGGUUUCAGGGGUCUGUCAGGCUUUAGCAGGUACUCCUUAAGGGGCAAGAGAAACCCUUCCUGGGAUGCUGGGGUCACCCAUGUCAGGGCCCUGCCUGUGGGUCCCAGCGCUACCCUGAGCUCCUGGGACCCCUGCAAAGGAGUGGCUCAUCACCCAGGUUGCCAGUGGCAGCAGAGAUUUCAGCAGGAACUCAAUGGGGACAC